GGCAGGAAAGACAAGAACAGACACUGUACCCUCGUAUAGUCAAGUGAUGCAACUGGCUGUACAGAUAAACUACUGCAGCUGACAAACCUGCUCUCCACAGAGACUGACAACAUCAUAGAGUCUGAGCAAGAAAACAGCCGCUCACCCUUUGCAUGCAAUUAUGUUACCUAUGGCUUCAUACAAAGGACGGGACGCUUCUCAUCUAAUAAAGGAGAGGGAUCCAAAUGUCUCUGCUUCAGCUGGUAUUCGCACAUGUGUGGCCUGAUGCACAUUAGGCAAACUGAGUCCAUAUCCAGAAGUGACAUAUUAGCGUCACUAAUAAGAAAAGAAGAAUCUGAACUCGAGUCAAUUUGAGGAAACAAGCUGAACCACGCCAUUGGAUUUGACUUUAGAACCAUUUCAUACUUUUGUGACAACACAGAGUGGAUUUAUAUAUAUAUCACCAUUUAUAUCACCAUUUGAUCUUCUGUAUUGAUUCCUACUUUUUCCAUCACCCAUUGGACCAUAUUACCUUGGAAUAACACUGUAAAAUGGAGCUGUUUGAUCACAGUAACGCAGAUUAUCAGCUGAAAAAUAUUUCGAGCAAUAACACAAACCAUGGAACCCUCAUUAAUAACUCUAUGGAUGACCUUAUUGUCACAUCUGUCAUUGGCAUCCUGCUAUCCUUAAUGUGCGUUGCUGGAGUAGUUGGUAACUUUUAUACCCUAGUGGUAAUGUGCAUCUCCAUGACGACAUUCACCUCAAUGUACAUCCACAUAGUUAAUUUAGCGCUGGCCGAUCUUCUGUAUCUUUCAACUAUCCCAUUUAUUGUACACAACAGCUUUGUAAAGGACUGGUACUUUGGAGAAGUUGGCUGUCGGGUUCUGCUGAGCCUGGACCUUCUGACAAUGCAUGCCAGCAUCUUCAUCCUGACCAUAAUGAGCACGGAGCGGUAUAUUGCUGUCACCAAGCCGUUUGAUACUGUCAGGAGGUCGAGGAGCUACCGCAAAAGCCUGGCGUGUGGAGUCUGGUUUUUCUCCUUCCUUCUGACACUACCCAUGAUGCUGAUGAUCCAUCAGGAAGAAAGGACAUUGGACAAUGGGAGCAUAAGGAAAUUAUGUACUCCCAUAUGGAGUGAUGAGCAAUAUAAGGUCUACCUUACAGUGCUGUUCACUACCAGCAUCCUCGCCCCAGGUGUUAUUAUUGGCUAUUUGUACUCCAGACUGGCUAGAGCUUACUGGAUCUCCCAAACCAAGAGCCUUCUGAACAAAGAACUGCAAAGAUCUCCCAAACACAAAGUCAUACUGAUGAUCUUCAUUAUUGUGCUUGCAUUUUGGGCCUGCUUCCUCCCAUUCUGGCUCUGGCAGCUAGCCCCCCUCUAUAGCCAAGACGAGCUGAGAGUAUCUGUCCAGACUGAGAUUUAUGUCAAUAACCUGGUGACAUGCCUGACCUAUGGAAAUAGCUGCAUCAAUCCCUUCCUGUACACUUUACUCACCCGCAACUACAAGGAGUAUCUCCGCAACAGACAGAGGGGCGGACGUGGAUCUCUAAGCAUCAGAAGUGGAGCCGGAUGUCAAGAGAACACUGCAAAAAGGUCACUGCUGGUCCGGAGCCAACAGUGCACAGAGACUAUUACAGUAAGCAAUGCCAAGGUAGCAGUAAUGGCACCAAACCCAGUGUAACCAUAAGGUCCCACAUGACCAUAAACAAUUCAUCCUCUGGAAUGUGUCGGGAACUGGCUCUUUCACUUCGGGGAGUCCGAUGAUCUUUGCAUAACCUACCAGCAGGGACAAAGAACACUUUACACAUUUAACGACGCUUUGGAAACUGGGUUUUAGAAAAGAUUAAAUAAAAAUAAGAAUUUGUGUGUUCUAAGGACAUCAAUCUCGGAUCAGACUGCGACUAGUUGGCAUUCCUAGUUGUUAUGUUCCUGGUUUAUUUAAUAGGAGUCUGGCAUGUAUUUAUGUAAUCUACAGGGUAAUCAUCAUGUCUAUUUAUAAAUAGUGUCGGCAGGAUUCUGAUGGAGUGCGGAGAUUAUAGAACCCAUUCAGGAUCAUGGCAUAAAUCCGUUUGUUGGUGGAGUCUCAAGAUGAAAAAAUAUAAACACAAUGCAGACUCUUGUUACGGCUUUAUAGCACUUUAAUUUCAGAACUAGCCGAUUAUCGCAGAUUGCUACGGCGUCUGCACAAGCAUGUAUGGUGUAUUAUCAUGUGAACGCAGGUGACAGCUUAUUAUAAUUCAUUUGUGGUGUGUUUUCUUUUUGUAUUGUCCUCCUUCCCCAAGCAGUCCCACUCGUAAUUCAUACUUGUGCAAGUUAUACACAGAUAAAUAUUAAAAUAAUUAUUAUACUGAUCUUCAUUUUGAGGCUUAUGCAGAGCAAAAAGGAGCAAAUCUGGACCUUGGGCCUGAUGCAGAUGUGCUUACAUAGAAGCAGUGAUAGCACUAAUAUGGUAAUGCGGCAGGAGGCGUCACGUCUGAGAUUCUGGCCUGGUCACUCCCCAGCAAUGGUGGUGAUACACCUCUGUUUUGAGAAAUGGAGGCCAUCGCUGCCACAUCUCUUCCCCCAAAAGGCAGCAGACUAUCAAUCACUGACAGUCUGCUGCCAAACUGCGUGCUACGUCGCAAAGUACUGAACAUCUGUACAUUGCGCAGGGGUUGGCUGGCAACUUUCAGCCUGGGGGGCAGACUCAAGCAAAUGGCCCAGCUUUUCACAGGGAAUGCAAUGCAAAAAUGGGCAUGACAAUAAUG